ACCCCACCGUGCUAUUACAGAAAGGGAGAAAGGGAGAGGGGAAUGUGUAGCGGAUAUAAACAGUAAAGGUUAAUUGGGCAGGUGAGGAACUCGAGAAGGAGGCGGCUGGCUGCGGGAAAAUUUGAUCCUCGGUCGGGUUGGAAACUCAAGCAUCAGUCGGCACAUUCAGCCUGGUGUAUAUAAGACUGAAGGAGCUGUCAGCGGCCACCACAAAGCCUUACCUGCUUCUGCUGCUGCUGCUGCUGCUUUGGACCUGGACGGAGAGGAACCCCAGACAACAGCGGACCAACAUGUCGCUCACCUCCAUCCUUUCAGCUGAGGCCAUUGAAAAUGCUGUCAAGGACUGUCAAGCUCCGGACUCAUUCUGCUACAAGAAGUUUUUCCAGCUGUGUGGUCUGUCCUCAAAGACGCCCAAGGAGGUCAGAGAUGUCUUCCAGAUCCUUGAUGAGGACAACAGUGGCUACAUCGAGGAGUCUGAGCUCAAGUACUUCCUGCAGCGGUUCGUCCCCGGGGCACGGACACUGACCGAGGCAGAAACCAAGAGCUUCAUCUCAGCAGCUGAUGAUGACAGUGAUGGCAGAAUUGGAGCAGAGGAAUUCCAGACUAUGGUCCUGUCCUGAGUUUUGCAGAUAAAGAGAGCUCAAGUCUUCAGUCACCUCCCCACCUCUGGAGUCCUAUGAUCGCAGCCUCCAUUCCCAGGGAUUUCUUUUCUUUUCUACUAAAUUCUGUGUGCGUUAAUUGUUUUUAAAUGACCUUUUGUCCAUUUAAAGACACAGAUAACAGAUAAUUUGUCUUUCCACUGUGUUGGUCCAUGUUUUCUUGUCUGUGCACAUCCCACCUUUGACAAUGAAUGAGACAAAUAAACAUGAGCAAACAUA